AUGGAGGAGUGCGCUCAGUGGCAAUUGGAGCAAGACACCACUAACUUGGUGGAUUGCAGUGUGAAACUCAGUAGGCUGUUUCAUCUGGAGUUGAAUAAUUCGAAGGAGGAAGCUUAUAGCUUUGUGGCAGAUACAACACAUGACGCCAAGAGUAGGAAGAAGAAGGAGUUAAGGUCGAAGGUUGAAAUGGAGAUGCAUAGACUGGGGCACCAAUUGUCUCACCUUAACGAGCCAAGAAUCGGGCGAACACCUAGUCAAUUGAACGAUUUUGAUACAAGGUCGAGAAGAGCGAGUAACAGAGGAAGGAGAGUAGUCAACAGGCAUGCCAACAACUCAACCGUUUAA